UUGGACGCGAUCUACCAACCCAAUAAGAAUUAGAACAAUGUUUUGCCACCAUUGUUCGCUGCUUAUCUUUGAACUGUAACUAGCAAUGCGUUAAUUCAUUUAGAUACAGAAAAUGACAACAGUUUUAUUGGAAUACGUGUAAUUCUUUUAUCCAGCAUACAAAGUGUAUACAUUCCGACUAUGGAGCGCAGUAGAUUGCGUGACAGUUCGAGCGAUACCACCAAGAGCACGAGCAGGCAAAGCAGAGAGAAAAAACAAUCCAAAAAGAAAAAGCGAAGACGUUCCUCUUCAUCUUCCUCAAGGUCCAGCAGCAGUUCGAGUCCGACCCCGUCAAAGAAAGCCUCACGUUCCCUCAGCAAGAGCCAAGAUUGGAAAGAAGGGAAGAAUAAAAGGAAAAAGAAAAGUUCCUCUUCAUCAUCUUCAAGUUCUUCGUCUUCAUCCUCCUCAUCCACAUCAAGUGAUGAAAAGGCCAAGAAGAAGGAAAAGAAAAGAAAAAAAUUUAAGAAGAAGUUAAAGAAAAAGAAAAGAAAGUUGAAGAAAGAGCUGAAAUUAGAGAAGAAGAAAAAGAAGAAGUUAAAGCAAUUGGAAGAAAAAAGAGCAUCCCUGCUUGUAGAUUUGAUGCCCCCUCCAGCCCCCCCUCAGCCUGUAGGCAGUGUCGCCCAGCCCUUCCUGGAGUUGUGGCAGAGUGAUGAUGGCACAGAAGACCAUGGACCAGUAAUGACAGAUGAGCAGAAAGCCAGGCUGUCCACCAAGAGGCCUCUAACGAAGGAGGAGUAUGAGGCUAAGCAGAGUGUCAUCCGCAGGGUGGUAGACCCAGAGACCGGACGCACCAGACUGAUAAGGGGAGAGGGAGAGAUCAUUGAGGAGAUUGUCAGUAAAGAGAGACACAAAGAGAUCAACAAGCAAGCCACAAAGGGAGAUGGAAACACUUUUCAGAAGAAACUUGGACUGAACAGGUAGAAAGGUCACCGCUGCCUCCAACACUAUGGUGCAGAUGAGGAAGGAUCUCUAUCUCUUCUGUAAACAUCUUUCUAUUAUUAUAAAGAACCCUCUCUGUGCCUAUAUUUUGACUGUUGGGAGUGUGAUUCAAUCAAUCCAAAACAAUGUUUAGUUUGACCAGACUUGCUCAAAUUAAAUAUAACAUUUUAUUUUCAUUGACCUACUUUGAUUCACUUUGGACUGAAUGCAUCUGAAAUUCAGAAUGGCUAUGAUGGCCAAGCACAAGUUUUUGAUAUUGAAUUAUACAUGCAUAUAAACUGAUCCCAGAAACAUAAGUAAUCUGUGUAAUGCUGUUUACUUUUUUACCAUGGAAUAAAGUAUUUUUGUGAAAUUGA